AACCUUCUGAAAGGAAUAACCAGUUUACAGAGAGAAAAUAAAUUAUCCCCUUAAGUCUUCAGACAAUAACGUUUUAAUUAAAGUUUAAACGCUAAUUUUUAAUUCAUCAAUUUCAGAGUACGUACUUCAGGUAAAAGACUAAUAUUGUCAUUAUAAAAAAAGUAAAAACACAUUCAAGUUGAGGAUUUAUCAAGGAAUUUUCUCCAGCUUUUUUCCUUUUACUGCUUGAAAAAUAGUUUGUGCAUACCAUUCUAAUCUCACCGGCACGAACCUGAGAUGGGUUUACUACUGGCUAAACUGUACGAGGCUGUCCAGAUGUUCCAAUCUGGCACACCAACCCGUGUCCUCAUGCUGGGGUUGGACGCUGCUGGCAAGACAACCAUUCUAUAUAAGGUAAAGCGUUUAAAAAAUAUUUUUAUAAAAUGUGUUUUCAUUGUAUAAAACAAAUAUAAGAGUUGAUAUAAAUGCGUUCCUCUCAUAGGCGGUUUACCAGCGUUGAAAUGGUGUUAAUCACACAUUUGAUUCAGAGGUCGUCUCUUUCAUAUCACACUGUAAUAUUCUGUAAGAGCUCAGGGCUGAAUUAUUGAUGGUGAAUGAAUUGCUGUGCUGAACGGAAUUGUCAUUUCGCCUUUUAAAUGUCCACGUGGGUGCAUCCAUUGGCAUUUGGAGCAUGUUCUACUUUAUUCGUUGCCAUCCAACACAUGGAUGCCAGUGUCAUAGAUGCUCAUAAUAAUCUAGAUACAACAUAAAUGCAUCAUGCAGUUUAUAGUAUUUGGUAAAUAUAAACUGAAGCCUUAAGGGAAGCACAUAAAUGUUUCUCUUUAUACAUUAUAAAAUUAAUUUUUUUAUUAAAAAUUACACAUUAAUAACUAUAAAUCGAGCAUCUAAGUAAAACUAUUUUGUUAGUAUAACAGUGUUAUUAUAUUAAUUAUUCUUUAAUUAAGCGAAUUUAAGAUAAUAUAAUAUUAAUAAGAUAAGAGAUUCUCUAUUGAUCCACAUACAUGGAAAGGCUUUUUAAUUACAGUGUACAUAUUAACUUUCAGCAUAUAAAUAAACACAUGUUUUUAACCAACACAAUAUUUUACUGUUACAACAAUUUAAACACACGACAUCUGAAGUUAUUGCUCGUGCGUAUAGAAAUCAGCCAUCAAAGAACUCUUAGUGACAAUAAUGACCCAAUUAGUGAUCAUUUAGAUGUGGUCAUCGCUGGGUAAGGAGGGCGAGAGGGGGGGCACGCUGGUAAAUUCGUACAGAGUGGGGAACACAAUAAUUUGUACAUCUACUGCCAUCAUAUCAAGUGCUUGCCUGAGAUGUUAGAAUAUUUUACACGUCAACAAGAAACGUUCUAUAACUCCAUCCAUGGUCUCUGCUGCAGGUCAAACUCAACGAGAACGUCUGUACGAUACCUACCAUCGGGUUCAACGUCGAGACGGUCACCCCCAUCAAGGGCGUGUCCUUCACCGUGUGGGAUGUGGGGGGCCAGGAGAAGAUUCGUGCUCUGUGGAGGCAUUACUACGUGAACACGGAGGUGAGCAGGUUUUUUUUUUUUUAAAGUUCACGUCAAGUCUAUGUGGUGUUGAUGACUGCAGGGCAGCUGGGUUAAUUGAAUAUCACGUAGUGUUGACCAUGUCACUGAAGUGUGUCUAAAUGUCACGUAUUACUGAAUAUGCCAUUGAAGUGUGCCUGCCUGUCAUGUAUUGCUGACCAAGGCAUUGAAGAGGGACUAAAUGGGAUGUUUUGUUGACCAACGCAUAGAAGUGUGUCUAAAUGUCAUGUAUUGUUGACCAUGGCGUCGUGACGUGUAUAGAUGACCACCUCUACGUGGUUUGUCUUGACCUCACAAGUUUCUCACAAUAACGAAGGGUUAAAGUUCUUAUUAAAUGUAACAAUGACCAAGGUCUUAGGUCUUUUCAUUAACUGUAACAAUGAACAUGGUCUUUGGUCUUCUCAUUAAAAGUAACAAUAACCAAGGUCUUUGGUCUUCUCAUUAAAAGUAACAAUGACCAAGGUCUUUGGUCUUCUCAUUAAAAGUAACAAUGACCAAGGUCUUAGGUCUUUUCAUUAACUGUAACAAUGAACAUGGUCUUAGGUCUUCUCGUUAAAAGUAACAAUAACCAAGGUCUUUGGUCUUCUCAUUAAAAGUAACAAUAACCAAGGUCUUUGGUCUUCUCAUUAAAAGUAACAAUGACCAAGGUCUUAGGUCUUUUCAUUAACUGUAACAAUGAACAUGGUCUUAGGUCUUUUCAUUAACUGUAACAAUAACCAAGUCUUUAGUCUUCUCAUUAAAUGUAACAAUGACCAAGGUCUUAGGUCUUCUCAUUAAAAUUAAAAAUGAACAGGGUCUUAGGUCUUUUCACUAAAUGUAACAAUGGCAAAGGUCUUCUCAUAAAAUGUAACAGUGACCAAGGUCUUCUCACUAAAUGUAACAUUGACCAAGGUUCUCCUCUAUAUAUUAAAAUAGUUUCUUGCCCAAACCUGGUAUCUGUUCUGCGGUGUUCUACGGUCAUGUUAUCAGACUUACACAGUCUUAAAUUCUCUCUGCUAGAAUAAAAUCACAAUCAGUUAUCUCUCCCAUUCCUUUAUUUGUUAUUAUUUGCAUCUGUUUUCUUUCCCAGGGUCUUUUCUUUAUCGUGGACAGUGCUGACGUCAGCAGAAUGACCGAAGCCAGCGAGGAGCUGUUUGGUAUCGCCAAGUCCCCAGAGAUGCAGGGGGUCCCUGUUGUUGUGGUCGCUAACAAACAAGAUCUGCCCGGGGCUCUAUCCACAGCGGAAGUCGCCGACAGACUCAAACUCAGGGAGUUGCGUGACAGGAAGUGGUUCGUGCAAGGCGCAUGCGCCGUGAACGGGGAUGGAAUUUACGAGGCCAUGCAUGAAAUGGCCAAGUUGGUCAAGGAAUUCAAAAAGCGGUGAAGAUUGAGCUGAACUAGAUUGUGUAUGAAAUCUUGAAACUAGCGAAUGUAGAACAGGUGGAUUUUGUUGUCCAAGAAAUUGGAAAAAAGAUAUUAAAUGUGAUAGCUUCAUAAGCACUAUUUAAAAUGUUAAGUAAAUAUUUUUAUAUCAAUUAUCUGUAAAUUGUUGACACUACAAGCGCAUGUCUUUGGAAAACGUGUUGAGUAAUUCAGUUAGGGACAAGAUUGUGACCAAAACAAAGGGAACUCAUCAAAACGAUAAGAGGUUUUGUAAUCACUGGACACAGGAGGGAUUUUUGCUUGUUUUUUGAGACUUGCACAGUUUGAAGGCCAUGGCCUUGGCAACACAAUGUCAAGAAUAACACGACGAGAGUAUUUGUUGGACAACGAGAGUAUUUGUUGGACAACGAGAGUAUUUGUUGGACAACGAGAGUAUUGUUGGACAACGAGAGUAUUUGUUGGACAACGAGAGUAUUUGUUGGACGGCGAGAAUAUUUGUUGGACGGCGAGAGUAUUUGUUGGACGGCGAGAGUAUUUGUUGGACGGCGAGAGUAUUGUUGGACAACGAGAGUAUUUGUUGGACGGCGAGAGUAUUGUUGGACAAGGGGAACAAGUUUGUUUAGCUGGGUGAUAUCGAUUUCUAUGGAAGUAUAUUAUGAUGAGAUAUAUUGAUUAAGGUAGUAGGAGUAUCGAAAGAUUCGAGACACCUCUUUCUCUCCAUCUCUCUCUCCCUCUCUCUACCCCCUCUUUCUCUCUGUCUCUCUACAGCUCUGUCUCUCUCCCUACCUCUCCUCUUUCUCUCUCUCACUCUCCUCUCUCUCUCUUUCUUCGUCCUCGCCUCUUUCUUAUACACACAUAAAUAAGUACAAACUUUAAAGCACACACAUUUUAUCCUCACACAUGUUACCUCAGGUUCUCUCACAUUCUCAUCACAAACACACCUGAUGAACUCGCCCAUCUAUCACCUGCACAAAGCUACAUGUAACUCUAGAAAUGUGGAACAUGUUUAAAUUAAAACCAAUACAAUCUAUCAUUACUCAUUUACAUCUCUACCAACAUAAAUUUAUCACCCACGAUAACUAACAAGUCUGGAAGCACGCAUUCUUGUAUGUUAUGAAUGCUUGAGGUUUCUCGCUAUCAAAUGCAUCUAAUUUUCCUGUUAACGACAAGGUUUGCAUUAGCGAAUGUAUAUUUAAUGUAGAUCAAUUCCAAACACUUGGCUAAGCUCUAAAAAUCCUGUAAAAUAUGUAUACCUUACUUUAUGUUUGUUCGAAGGAAGAAGACUCGUGUAAGGUAUGCAAGGGGAGGAAUCAUCCUUUUUGAUGUUGACAUGUAACUAACCAACUCCUCUAUAUAUCUACAAAUGUACAUACAGCAAUUACUUAAUGUGCAUUUUGGUGUAAUUACCAAAAUGGAAUUCGUGAUGUGUAAACUCUAUAAUUUUUUUUGUUUCGAAGGAUUUGUUUAAAAGAAUGCUAUGUUGUAAAAUAAAUCUGCACAACUCUAUCUGACAGGGACUGGCCAGCUACUAGACUCUAUCUGACAGAGACUGGCCAGGUGCUAGACUCUAUCUGACAGAGGCUGGCCAGGUGUUAGACUCUAUGUUACGCAGACUGGCAAGGUGCUAGACUCUAUCUGACAGAGGCUGACCAUGUGAUAGACUCUAUCGGACGCAGACUGGCAAGGUACUAGACUCUAUCUGACAGAGACUGGCCAGGUACUAGACUCUAUCUGACAGAGACUGGCCAGGUGCUAGACUCUAUUUGACAGAAGCUGCCCAGGUGUUAGACUCUAUCUGACAGAGGCUGGCCAGGUGUUAGACUCUGACAGAGGCUGGCCAGGUGCUAGUCCAUAUUUUGGGACAGUGCUCCCCGUGUUUCAACUUUCCUUGUGGCCCGCUAUUCUAAUACCCCAAAGAAUUACGGCUGCCUGCCAGAUUUAUGAGAAAAACAAAUGGUGACAUGUG